CUUUCAGCGGUGUCUACGGGAACGUCAGCUGUGCUGUCAUCCUGCCUCUUCAUGUUGCUUUUCGCGGCUAUGCAAAUUUACAAAGCUCACCUGGCGUCCAGCCAACCGAUGACCAUCCUCGGCGGCUUCCUUGGAUCUGUGCUCUUUAUGUUAAUCCUCACUGCCGUUUCCAACUUGGAAAACCACUUCUUCGGAAAGAACUUCCAGACAAAGCUGAUUCCUGAAGUGCUCAUCUGCUUGGUGGUUGCCAUGGUGGCAUCUGGCCUGGUGCACCGAGUUUGUGUCACAACAUGCCUCAUCUUUUCCCUCGUGGCCCUCUACUACAUCUCGAGAAUAUCCAUCAAGGUUCACGGAACUGGUGCGGCCCCAGUGACUGCAGCUACCCUCCCCAAAGGCAAGAAAGGCAAAUAGCUCAUCGUGCUACCCACCUUCAAUAAACUCGUGCUCACCCAUUUUCAA